AGAGAGCCAAUUUCAUUCUCCUUCCCUGCCCAUUUACUCUCUCUCUAAAAUAUUUUUGUAGUUUACUUCUUCAAAGAGCCCAAAAGCUCCAUUAAUGGCUUUCUAGCCUAAUUCAUGUACCAUGUAUACACCCGCGAUAUUAAUAAAAAUCCCCCGUUGGCAAGGUACUGCCAAAAAGGGCCCGUGGUUUUCUCCCGAUUUGGGUUUCCACGUCAAAAUUUCUGUGUUUAUAUUUUGGUGUAUUUUUUAGACUAGUUUAUCGUUUUUGCCCGACUAAAAACGAUGUACCGGUCGAUAAUUUACACCAUCAUUUUGGCGCCGACCGUGGGACCCGAGCAAAUAGUCAUGUUGCUAAAACUAUGUCAAGUUUCUAGGGAGUGUUUAGUAUAGCCAUUUUGAGGCCCCUUUUGUGCAAAAAUUGGGUCCAAAGUGCUGAUUCAGAAGUCGCUCAAUUUCUCGGUGAGCAAAAAGUUGGGAAGGAAGCACCAAAAAAAUCUGCAUUCAACUUCUCAAUGGACAACAUGGCAGGGGAAGUACAAAAAAAAAGAAAUCAGAUUUGCUUUGGAUGAGUACUCAAUACUCAAUGCCAACAGGGAGAUGUCGCUACCACUCUCUCUGGCCGAUCGCCGCUGCCCGGCUGAUAGCCAGUACCGGCUUAAUAACAAAGAAGGAGAAGAGUGCCACCUCCGAUAAUGUCAGCCUCUGCUUCCACCAUGUUGUUGCAUCUAGAUCCGCCAUCGUUGCCGCCAUACCGGAGGUUCAUAGUCAUCGAUGCUGCAACUAAACUCGCUGUUGCUAGAUGUCGUUACUACUGUUAUGUGUAUAAUCCACCAUAGUGGAAUCCACGGAAGCUGUUGUGCGCUACUCUCAAUUGGAGUCCGCCUCUACCACAGUUGGAGUUAGCACCGACGCUACAAACUCAUCUGUCGUCGGAGGACUUUUUCAGGUCAUCAGAAAUCUUUUCACAACUGUGGAUCUGUCCCAAUUUCUUGUCCUUGAGAGCCGGUGGGGUCGUUCUCGUCCUCCCGCUCUCGCAGGAUGAAGCUCGCUCUCUCAUUACCACCACCUUGGCUAUGAAGGGCCGCCCCAUCGACUGUCUGUCAGUGGUUUUACGAUCUCUACUGUCACCACCAUUGAAGAGGAAGGAGAAGACUCACCUCGACGCCACAAUCUCUCCAAAAAUUUUCCAGAUUGGCUCAUCGUCACCACCGUCGGUGUAUAUUUGGUAGCUGUUUAUGCGGGUCACCAUCGUCACCACCACCACCAUCAUCGAAGUUCAUUGCGUCCUUCGCUGAAGUUUGACGGUCGCCAUCCUCGGGCAAAGCCCCCGAGAUCUGAUUGUUACGGGUGAAUCCGGUAUUACAGCCGCCUUACCCAAAUCUGAAAAUCUACCAUCGCCGCGAUUGAACCUGUGCAUGUCUUCGCCACCGCAUUAGAGAGGAGCAAGAACAUGUCCUUUUCCACUAAUGAAUUCUCUUCCGCCCUCUCGUAUCGCCGCUCGACACUACCGCUGCCACCACCGAGAUCUCUAGAAAAAUUUGCUUCUCGUGAGCAAGGAAAUGAGCUAGAAACUACCUCUGUUGAGAGACAACCACGUAAUGGUAAAAAUUUGAAUAGAUGGAAAAGGUAUCCUUGCAGCAGCUAAGGCACGUGAAGUAAUGGGCAAGUUUCAUGUUCUUGGUUCCUUGAGUUGAUUGAAAGUUGGCAUGAGGAUGGCAUUGGCCCACUGAAAAAACAUGCAGAGGUGCAAAGUUUGGAAUAAAAUUUUAAAGAGAUUGAAACAUAAGCUUCGGUCCAAAAAAAACCAGUGGGCUUGGGGUGACUCCCUCAUUUAUCUUCACAAUGGAUCCCAUCAUUUAAUUAUGUUUGGUGGGAGGGCAUACAUUAAAUACUGAGGAAAUCAGUUCCUCACUUAUUUCUCAAGGGGGGCCCACCACCAACAUUGGGUUAGCAUUAUGGGGCAAUAAUUUGGGUAUUUGCACAUACCUUUUGGACGAAUGCGGAGGGAAGACUGAGACACAAGCCGAGCUUGGUACGCUGGUUACAACACCGGUCUUGCUCAGUAUUAAAAAAAAGAGGAAGACUGAGACACAGGCCCGGCCUGGCACGCUGGUUACUACACCGGUCUUGCUCGGUAUAAUAAAAAAAUAUAAAAUAUGUGACACAUGCCCGGCCUGGCACGCUGGUAAAUAUCAUUCUUGUGCGCGAGACGGCGAGACAGGCCAAGAAUGAUAUACACACCGGUCUUGCACAUAUUUUCUCGUAAGUUUGAACCCAAUCGAAUUGGGUACACCGGUGUUUCAGCUGAGCUUUUAUCGGGGACGCCUGAUUCUUCAAGCCUUUUGCAUAAGGCACUUUUAUCAAAGAUGGUCUCCGCGAGACAUGAAGAUAUUUACAUCAGUCAGCCGGGCUAACAUUGAUCUUC